CGUAACACAAACACAAACACCGAAAACAUUCAGUAGCGUUCUACACACAACUCUGUUUCAUAAUCUUCCCCUGUUCCUUUCUUGUUAACUACUGAAGUCAAGUGUUCAGAAAAACCAAUGAGGAUUGUAGGAUUGGGUUUUCGCCCCCACAGAUGAAGAACUCGUCGACUUCUACCUCAAACACAGAUUGCUCGGUGAUGAUCCCCGUGUUCGCGUCAUGACUGUUUUUUUUUUUGUAUUUUUCUAUGAUAACUUGUUAGCGAAGGAGUCGAUGUCUCUGCAAUAUAAAAACGAGGAGAGACCAAAGUCACAACAAAACAUAAAUUCUCCUUUAUCUCUGUGAACGAUCUCCUCUUCCAUUCUUAUUUUCUUUCUUUCGAUGUUUCAUUCAAACUACAAACACAGAGUUCAGUGUUCACCAAAAUCAAUGGGUAAAAUUGUUGGUGUCGGUUUCCGUCCUAUAGAACAAGAACUCGUCGAUUUCUACCUCAAACACAAGUUGCUGGGUGAUGAUUCCCGUGUCGACGUUAUCCCUGUCAUUAACCUCUGCCAUGUGGAACCUUCGGAUGUACCAGGGAUACUUGCAAAAUCACGGAUUCGAUUUGGUGACCCAGACUGGUUUUUCUUCAGUCCGGUUGAUUUCAAGUAUUCAAACAGUAAAAGGGUUAACAGGAAAACCGAGAAAGGGUUCUGGAAAGCCACUGGAAAAGACCGUGAUAUUAGGAGCUGGAACACCAACACUCUCAUUGCCACAAAGAAGAAUCUUGUUUACUACAAAGGAAGUGUUUCCUGUGGUGUCAAGUCCGACUGGGUUAUUCACGAAUAUCACGCUGUUACCUUUCAUGAAAGCGAGAAUGCUUUUGUGUUAUGCCGCUUGAUAAAGAAACCUGAGAAAAAAACUGAAGGAGGAACUGCUGCACUGAUAUGUGAUGAAGGGGAAUCCAGUAGAAGCGUGGUUUCUGACUAUGAAAAUCAGGCGAUAGCAGAAGGAGUUCCAUCCGGAGGUACUCUAACCGGAAUGGAAACAAUCUGUCACGUAACAUAUCAGGCAGAAAAAUGCAUCUCCCCUACAGAACCGUCACUAAUUGAAAUUGAGCAGGAUGACGAUGCCUAUUUUAGAAAUGAAAACAACAAUGGGCGGAGUCCUUCUGAAAUUAUGCAGAUUCCUUACGAAACUAUGCACACUCCUUGUGAAACUAUGCACACUCCUUAUGAAAUUAUGCAGAUUUCUUGUGAAACUAUGCAGACUCUUUAUGAAACUUUGCAGAUUCCUUGUGAAACUAUGCAAAGUUCUUGUGAAAGUAUGCAGACUCCUUGUGAAACUAUGCAGACUUCUUUUGAAAGUAUGCAGACUCCUUGUGAAACUAUGCAGACUUCUUUUGAAAGUAUGCAGACUCCUUGUGAAACUAUGCAGACUUCUUUUGAAAGUAUGCAGACUCCUUGUGAAACUAUGCAGACUCCUUUUGAAAGUCUGCAGACUCCUUGUGAACCUGUACAGACUCUUUGUGAAAGUAUGCAGAUUUCUUGUGAAAGUAUGCAGAAUCCUUGUGAACCUAUGCAGAUUUCUUGUGAAACUAUGCAGAUUUCUCAUGAAACCAACCAAAUUCCUUUUGAAAUUUUGCAGUUUCUUUUUGAAACUCCUUUUCAAACUAUGCAAACUCCAUUAGAAACUAAACAAAUUCUACCUAAACUCCCGAAUUCAUUAUUAGCCGAUGAAUAUUUAGUCACUCAAUCAAAGUCAUUGAAAAGGGCAUAUUGCGAAAGCUCUUAUAGAGAUGCAGAAGUCGUCCCUGAACGGGACGCUAGUUUUGAGGAUAUUUCAAGUUUGUAUACUGAGUAUCUUAACUCAGAGGAAUAUCAUGUAUUAAAAAGGUUUAAAACAUCAUAUGAUGUUGGACAUGGUGACACACAUCUUCUAUUUUCCGGCCAAGAAGCAAGUGAAGAGAAACAAGAAAGUAUAUUUCAAGAUGAUUUUUGGGGAUUGGAGACAUCCUCAUGUGACUCUACAACAAAUAAACUUGUGGAGAUCAAUUACAGUGAAAUAUCUAGCUUUCUUUGCACUUAAAGGUCAUGGGAAGAUCAGUAUCAUCUAAGACCGAGCAACUUCAUAGGAUUCGAACUAUGAACUUCGUAGCAUGAAUGGAUUAGUAGACAAGAGUAUAUGUUAUUAAAAGUAAGAGUAUGUAGUGUAUGCAUUAAAAUUGCUCUAUAAUAGCCACUUUAUUAGAAAUUGCAUAAUGAAAUUUAUGCAUUAAAAUUUAAGAGUAUGUAUCAUAGGAAACCUAUUAGAAAGUAUUAGAAACUGCACGAUGAAGUUGUGUAUAUUUAAGAUAGUAGAUUGUGUAACUGGGAAGUUUGUGUGGUUAUUUGUAGUGAAUUUUUGUUUGUAGGAUACCAAUUGUCUUGCUGAAUCAAUUUAUUAUCUGUGAUUUUAGUAUUUAAUAA